GUAAACAAUAUGGCCGGUUCGUUGUGGUGCGCGUGUUAUGUCGUCCUCGCCGUAUUCGCCAAGUACCAACGUCCGUGUUGCGAGCGUGGUUAGCCAUUCACGCCUGCACCCACGAGACCUAACAACGUUGGAGCUGAUCGGUAAGAUUUGGCGGCGUGCGAGGGUGGUGUCCGCAGGCACCACCGAAAGCUGGGGCACCUCGAGGACGAGAAGGGGAUCCUGGAGGAGAAAGAGGUGGUUUGCAGGCGGGAGGGAAGGCCGGAGGUGACUAUCUACCCCACAUGGACGCCACCCCCAAAGAAUCAUUCAUAUCCCCCACACUGGAUAUCCUGUCGUCACUAUCUCGCCGCGGAAUAUCCGACUUGAGCGUGAUCGCGGUAUCGCCGCACCAUACCUUAUAUCACCGUCAACGCUGUCAAAUAUCUAGCAGGAAGUAUCUUUUAUUGCUUGUCUUCGGUAGUGAUUGUUGUGCAUCGAGAAAACCAUCAAGAACAUUACCCCCGUCACCUACGUGCCUCGAUCCUCUUCAUUUUUUGCAUCCUGUGGUAGAAGAAUUAUCAAUUUCGCGUCGUUUUUUCGACGUUCUGGAAACGGGACGUUGUACUCCAGAAUCGUCUGUCGCUGCUGGCAGUGAGACGAUCCUGUCCGUUAACAGUCUCACGUGGCAUUUGAACACGACGACGUUGAUCAUUCGCCAGACAGAGGAAGAAUUUUUUACGCAUCACGUUUUUAUAUCGCGUCAACGCGACUUUGAUGCCUACUUUAUAACAUCUGACCAGCGUCGCGCCGGAAGGUCGCUUCAUUUAACGGCUGUCAUCUUCCGCGUCGACGAAUAUAUCGACAGACUCCGUCCACAAACGCCUAACUCAAAAAUACAGCCUAAAACUAAACCACGCGAACAAUGUCACGCAGCGCUGCCACGCGGCCUAUGCAAGAAUUUCGUUACAACUGCAAACAAGACGUAGCGAUUACAUCGAAGAAGAAGACUUUGGAUGUCAAAGCUGUGUCGCGGAAAG